UUUCGAGAGAAGAGUUGAGAGAAAAUGUCCGCAAAUUUCGCGACUUUUUUACUGCUUUUGUCUCUCAUUUCGAGACUCAAUGGCGAGAAAUACACCAAUUCGUUGGACACAAACAAAAAGGAUAUUCAAGUGGAUGUCGGAGAAAGCGAUUCCUUUGAACUCUUUGUGCGAAACGAAAAAGCGCUGAACUUCUCGUUCGCAGUGACCGUCGGCUGCGACUCUUCGGACGGCAAAUGCAAGACGUUUUCGCCGCGCGACUCAACGACCGUUACGUUCUCUCCGCUGGACUUCCGCUUCCGGUUCAACACAACGGCCACGACUGCCGGUCAUGACGUCAUCAUCGCCCGCGUCGUCCGCAACGACACUCACGUCGACGACUCCGAGGCGUUCGUGCGCGUGCGCGUCGGCCGAUCGCCCGUUUGGUCGGUGUUGGCCACAGUCGUCGGUUGGGUUUAUUUCGUCAUUUGGAGCGCAAGUUUUUGGCCGCAAAACAUCUCGAACUUCCGGCGCAAGUCUGUCGUCGGCUUUAACCUCGACUUCGCCGCUCUGAACGUCACGGGAUUCCUCUUCUACUCCAUCUUCAACUCCGGACUCUACUUCUCGCCAAAAGUACAGGCGCUCUAUGAGGAGGCGUUUCCGCGUUCGGAGAUUCCCAUAGAGUUCAAUGACGUGGUUUACGCCUAUCACGCGGCCUUCGCGACGGCCAUCACUCUCAUCCAGUGCUACGUCUAUGAGAGGGGCGAACAGCGGAUGUCUCUGUUGGGCAAAGUGUUCACAGGAGUCACGUGGACGGCGGCCGGCGUCCAACUCGUGCUUUGCUGGACAGGAGUCAUGUCUUGGCUUACUUUCAUGUAUUACUUCUCGUACGUCAAACUCGUCGUCACUUCCGUCAAAUACUUGCCGCAGGCGUACUUCAACUACAAGCGGAAGUCGACGCGCGGAUGGAGUAUUUGGAUGAUCUAUAUGGACAUCACGGGCGGAAUCAAUGGACUCUUGCAGAUGCUGUUCAUUGCCUACAACUUCGACGACUGGAAGACCAUUUUCGGGAACUUCGCGAAGUUCGGGCUCUCCGUGGCCUCCAUUUCCUACGAUAUCCUCUUCUUCCUCCAGGAAUACGUCUUUUACCGCAAACAAGACUCCAGUCUUCAGCCGCUGAACGAAGAGAAGAGGUUCUCGAAGAGCGAGCGCAAGAAGAGUCGCGUUUCCAUCGUUUCGCUCACGAGUGAGAACCGCGAGUAUCCGCGAGUGUCCGUCGACUACAGCGCGCUCUCCGAUAGGCGGAAGUCCGCCGUUUCCGUCAUUUCCGCCAAAAGCGUCGAGAGUUUCAAAAACGUCUUCACGUAUUGACAAAAACUACUAUUUAUUCACAUUUAUUAAAGAGAC